UGGAUUGGAGAUAUUAAACUCCUGCUUGAAAACAAUAGGUUGAUUUGUGCUUAGUAAUCUGCAAUUUCCACACCACGGAACGUUCCUAAGCUUCCCGGCGUCGGCAAAAAAGUCGACAAGCAUUUCUCUCGCGAUUACACUCCACCACCACGCACUUCUCGAUAAUCGACACCUCGAGUAACGCGAGAGUCCUUUUCUUUCUGUUUAUCGGCGCAUAGAUUCCAUAAUGUCAUUACAUAUCUCCCGCACCGUGCUGCGGCAAUCUAUGAAGGCUCCUGGAAGGGCAGCACGAAGAUUUGAAUCUACCUCCACUAAGGCCACCGAAGCAGCCAAAGAUACCGCCGCAAAGGCAUCAGAGAAAGCAUCAGAAUUCCAGUCGAAAGCUAGCGAAGGUCUUUCUCGUGUCACUUCGUCCGCAGGACCUGCUAUCUCGGGUGCUGCCAAAAACCUUGGAAAUGCCUUGGGGAAAAUUGGAGGAAGAACCGGAAGAUUGAUUGCCUUCAUUGAGCGACAAAUCCCACCAACCGUCUACUAUGCUCGAGUUGGAUUAGAGCUUUCCAAAUUAGUUAUUCAAGGUCAAAAGAUGGCACCUCCACCAGCCUCAACAUUUCAAUCAUACUUCCAAAAGAUCGUACAGGGUGUUAAAUCCGGAAACCCAAGCUCUGCUUUCAAUUCGGCAGCAAACUCCAACAAAGCAACACCUACUGGUUUGCUCGAACAGAUCCGAAAUAUCAGCGCAGCUCAGAUGGUCUCGGGUGGUGUUAUAGUUGCUGAGGUUUUGGGAUUCUUCACAGUUGGUGAGAUGAUCGGUAGAAUGAAGUUGGUAGGAUACAGAGGGGACACUGGAGCUCAUCACUGAGCGGACAGUGAUAAUGGAGCUGCGUGAAACGUGAAGAGAACUAUCGGUGGGGUGAACGAAAAGGGCGUAGCAUUCUUUCUCGACCGUGGCAUGAGAAGCUACGGGUGGUGAGAUUGGGGUGCAUUUGCACAUAUCCUGAUACAAUUUUUCUUGUACUCGUAGAACCAUGUCUGUACAUCAAAAAAUAAACAGCAUAAUGGUGGUUUAGAGUUCUUUCAGUUCCUGAUCCUUCCAUUGCCCGACGAGAAUUUCUCGU